CUCUCUCUCUGAUCUGUGUUUUUAGUUUGGUUUGGUUUGAUUUGUUGCGAAGGACAUGCGUAUCGAUCUCCUUGGGUUUUGGACGAAGUCGAAGUCUCGAACAGAAAUCGAAGGGACUAGAAAAUGUUAGAAGUCAAAGAUCCUGCUAUUAAGCUCUUUGGGAAGACUAUCCCGUUGCCGGAGAAUCAGAUUCCGACUGAUCCAGUGGAGAAAUCCGAUCCGGAGUGUCAGGUUCCGGUUGAAUCAGAGGAAACGGGUGUAUGCAGAGAAACAAAAAAGACAGAGGAUGAGGGCAGUCCAACAGGAGAGUCUAGAAAUCAAGAUAGGUCUUCUGGCGAUGAUUGUAGGGAAGGCAAGCACCAAACUCCCACUGAAGAGGAGGAGAAAGCAACAAUAGAUUCUAAGCAAGAUGAAGACCAGGCUGAUACUGAUGUGGCCACCCAAGAGAAGAUUCUCAAGAAGCCUGACAAGCUCCUCCCAUGUCCUCGGUGCAACAGCUUGGACACAAAGUUCUGCUACUUCAAUAAUUAUAAUGUUAACCAACCUAGGCACUUCUGCAAGAACUGCCAGAGAUAUUGGACUGCUGGGGGAACAAUGAGAAAUGUUCCUGUUGGCGCGGGACGGCGCAAGAAUAAGAACUCAGCCUUGCAGUAUCGUCACAUGAUGAUGUCCUCUGAUGCAAUGUCAAGCACAAGGAUCGACCACCCUGAUUCAGCAAAUCACCAAGUUGCUUCCUGUGGGGGCCUGCCCACCCCAUCAAAACCUUUGAAGGGAAAUGGGACAGUCCUAAAGUUUGGUCCUGAUGCACCUUUAUGCGAGUCUAUGGCAUCUGUGCUUAAUAUCAGAGAACAAAAGAGGAAAGUUGAGCAGGGAAUUGUGGCUUGUGCAGAAAAUGGAGAACAGCCUUCAUGUGUCUCUUCAAUGGCGGUCUCAGCGUGCCAAGAAAAUGUAAAUCCUGAAAAUGUGGCACAGAUUCUGCAAAACGAUACACCAGAAUGUUGUAAUGGGCCUACUCCUAUGCAUCCUCUGCAGUGUUACCCUGGUCCACCUUGGGCUUACCCAUGGAGCCAUGGUUGGAAUAAUGUAGCUGCGAUGGCAGCAGGCCGGUGCUCAUCUGAGUUGGUUUAUGGACAGGAUAGCAGUAACCCAAGUUCGGUUCAAUGGGCCUCUGCACCUAUGGUGGCUGCUCCCACCUUUUGCACACCAAGCAUCCCCUUCCCAUAUAUGCAUGCUUCCUAUUGGGGUUGUAUGCCUAAUUGGCCUGCAAGUGCAUGGAAUGCACCAUGGCUUGGGUCUAAUGGUAGCCUUUCAUCAUCGUCCUCCACUAGCAACAGUGGCUGUUCUGGGAAUGGUUCACCAACCUUAGGGAAGCAUUCUAGAGAUGCAAGUGUACAGGGGGAGGAGAAGCUAGAGAAGUGUCUUUGGGUUCCUAAGACACUGAGAAUUGAUGACCCUGAUGAAGCUGCAAAGAGUUCUAUUUGGGCUACUUUGGGUAUUAAGCUGGAUCAGAAUGAACCAAGAACAAAAGGCGGCAUUUUCAAAGCUUUCCAGCCCAAAAUGGAAGACCAAGUUGCAUCAGAUGCAGCACAGGUGUUACAAGCGAACCCUGCAGCUUUGUCUCGCUCUCAGACAUUUCAAGAGGGCACAUAACUGGUCUGUGCGUUGAGUUUUUUUUUUUUUGGUAGAGCUUAUAUCCAUGGUUGACUCAUGCAUACUGGUUGAGCAUUUGUUGUAUAGAGCACAAGGUAGCCGCUUUUUGCAGGUGCUGUCUUUCAUGGCAGUGAUUUAUAUUUGUACUUGGUUUGGAUGAUCAAGCCACCAGAAUCCACAAGGUUGGUGACACCAUCUAAAAUGUUUGAGACUCUAUGCUGUAAAUAGUAGGGGAUAAUUAGUGGUGAGUUUUUUAUAGUGGGGUCUGAUACUUUGCCCAGACUUAUAGAUUCCAGAAUUAGUCUCAUGCAUAUGUAUUGGCUUUGAA